AUGCUCAAUGGGUUGGCUCAGGAGAGGGGUUACUCUUUGACCCUGAAAAAGAAUAACAUCCAAUCAGAUUUAGUUCAAAACAGUAGAGUAACCUGGGAAGGUUGCAGCGUCUUGCUCGACAUUAACGAUGGCGACCGUCUGGUUUUUGCUCGAUUAACAGCUGGCUCGAACUUGAAAAUUGGAAAUAAAAAUUACUCUUUACGGCCAUUGAUUGGAUGCCCUUUUGGUUCUUCUUUUCAAACUGGGAAUGGAACUGAAGGGCAUUGUUUAUCUAGGGUUAUUCCCUCCACAGAAGGUAAUAAUGAUCAAGAAAAAGGAGGAUGUCAAAUAGUGGAUGAAUGUAGGGAUAAUCGAGCUAUUGUUGAUAAUAAUGAAGCCCAAACCCUAACUAGUGAAGACAUAGAUCAAAUGCGGAGGCAGGGUGCGAAAGGCGAUGAGAUAAUUGAAGCUCUCAUUGCCAACAGUGCAACAUUUGAGAAGAAAACAGCAUUUUCUCAAGAGAAAUAUAGGAUUAAGAAGCAAAAAAAGUAUGCCCCUAGAGUGCUUUUGAGGCGACCUUCUACUAGAAGCAUAUGCGAGGCGUACUUCAAGAAAUACCCAAAUAGAAUCGGAUUCCUGCGAGUAGAUGCGUUAUCACUGUUGCUUUCACUUGCUAAUGUUACUGCAAACUCUGACAUCCUGUUAGUGGAUAUGGUUGGUGGCCUUCUUACUGGUGCUGUGGCAGAGCGUUUAGGAGGUACAGGUUACAUCUGCAAUACGUAUCUUGGAAGUACGCCACAUCCCAUGGACAUAGUUAGAAUAUUCAACUUUGAAAAUGAAAUUUGCAAAAGGUACUUCGUGUUCUUAGUUUCAUCAUAG